AUGAGGAACCACAGACAGGUGACUGAGUUCAUCCUCCUGGGACUCAUGGACAACCCGGAUUUACAGGCUGUGAUUCUCCUCUACAUGUCUCCCUCCUAUGUACUGAAUGUCACCGGCAACCUGACCAUUGUCAUCUUCACUUUGCUGGACUCCCGCCUCCACACCCCCAUAUUCCCGGCUACCACUGUCACCGGGGAUAGGACGAUUUCCUACAACUGCAGUGCAACUCAGCUAUUUUUUGUCAUCCUCUUGGUAGUGACUUUGUUCUUCCUUCUGGCCGCCAUGUCCUACGACUGCUACAUCGCCAUCUUCCGGCCUCUGCAUUCCACGACCAUAAUGAUCCCGAAAGUCUGCAGCCUGCUAGUCCUCUGCUCCUGUCUGACCGGAUUUCUGGUCAUCUUUCCUCCUAUUAUCCCUGACCUCCAACAGGACUUCUGCGGCUCCUUAGCCAUUGACCACUUCUGUGACGUCUCCCCUCUGCUCCUGCAUUCCUGCUCGCACAUCGGGUUCCUGGAGCUGAUGGCUUUCAUCUUGGCCUUGGGGAAACAACUGGUUACUUUGGUGUUAGUGGACAUGUUCUACACAGCCAUUGCCAGCACCAUCCUGAGACUGCCGGUGGACCUGACCAAGAGGGUGGUCGUGCUGAACACUUCCGUGACCCCCAUGUUGAAACCUUUCAUCUACUCACAGCAGAACCAGUAG